GCUAUCCCCCCAAGCGCACCAUUUAACCCCAUCGAUCUGACUGCCGACUCGGACGACGAUGAAAGGCGUGAGGAAGCUUGUGCACUCUCGACCGCCCCUCUGGCUACAAAACGCCCGUCUAGGUCGCUGGGCCUUGCUAAGCCAAGCAAAUUCAAACGGCGGAGAAACGGCUCCAUCACCUCCUACUUCAAUGUGGUGUGUCCGAAACCCCCUGAAACACCCAUCAAGGAACUCAAGCAUGCUGGUAGCACGAUGAACUCUGAGAAGGCUCCCCCGGUUGUGGAUGUACGUGCUUCUGGGAGCGGUGCAAUUGUGCUGCCAGCUGCGGUCCAGUUGGAUCUGCAUAGGAGUCAGCCGUCGGAGACGGAACUGAAGGGUAAACAACCCAAACUUUACGAUGCUCACAAGGGUGCAGAUGUCGAUAAGCACUCAGUUCGGGACUCUGAUACUGAGCAGACAGCUAGUAUAUGCCCAAGCAGCAUGCCCUCCAAGCCUGAGACCAGUGUGAGGUGGGAGAUGGCUACGAAUAAGAAGACAAAUUUGAGCGACUCCAUGCCUGUUCCGCAGACAGCUAGUACAGGUCAUAGCAGCAUACCACCCAAGCCUGAGACCAGUGUGAGGUGUGAGAUGGCUACGAAUAAGAAGACAAGUUUGAGUGACUUCAUGCCCGUUCUGCACGCAGCCAGCAUAGGUCAGAGCAGCAUACCACCCAAGUCUGAGACCAGUGUGAGGUGUGAGAUGGCUACGAAUAAGAAGACAAGUUUGAGUGACUUCAUGCCCGUUCUGCACGCAGCCAGCAUAGGUCAAAGCAGCAUACCAGCCAAGGCCAAAGCCAAGCGCAGUGUGAGGCGUGAGAAGGCACCACAGCAGAAGACCUCAUUGAAUGACUGCAUGCAUGUUGCGCAAAAAGUUGUUUUGGGCCAAAAUAGCUUGCCAUCUAAGCUCAAGGCCAGUGUGAAGUGUACACAGACAACGAAUGCGAAGACCGCUAGGGGCGCCUUCAAGCCCGUACGGUCCGCACACAACCAUGCGGCGCAGCGUGACAGUGACCAGCGGCAGUUCAGCUUCGGCGGAAGCGCUUGGGGUCAACAGUGUCGCUCUAACGGUCCCCCACCAAGUCUGGCUCAGACCAUGCGAGAGAACAUCAAGCUCCCCACACUCAACACACAACAGAUGGCAGCUGUCCAAACGCCGUUCGAUAAGGCUACACUCAUAGUGGCAGGAGCCGGGACAGGAAAGACACGGGUGAUUACCACUCGCAUCCUGGCCAUGAUCAAGUCAGGAAUAGCCCCAUCAUCCAUUCUGGCUGUGUCAUUCACCAACAAGGCAGUGUACGAGAUGCGUGAGAGGCUGGCGGCUGCAAUACCUGCGCCGUAUGCAGGCGCUGUCAACAUCUGCACACUGCACGGGUUGUGCUAUAGCAUGGUCAUGUGCCACUACAGUGCCCUGCACUACCAGAAGAAGCCCGGCCUACUCCUGGAUUAUCAGAAGCGGAAGCUUGUCACGAGUGUGCUGAUUCAGAUCGAGGACAGCCACCAGAAGAAGGCGCUGACAUCGCUGUUGAAACUACAGACGCAUAAGGACCACUCCUGGGCUCAGCUGUUGGAAUUGGCCGAGACCUUCCUCGACAAAAAGCUCAAUGCGCUCGUGCAGGAGUUUUGUAACCUCAAGCCGUCUAAGAACGUAGAGGACAUCAGCAUUGAGGCCAACUACCUACUCCAUCACUAUGUCCUGGAGUGCUGCAAGAAUAAGCUAAUGCCUUUCAGAGACAGAAAGAAAUUUGCGGUGCCAAGCGCAGAAACCGUGAAGAAGGCUACCAAACUGUGGAAUUUUGCAAAGCAGAACGACUAUACGGCAGCGGACUACCUCGACGACAAUAGGCUCAUGCUGGCCCGUACCACUGCCGAGUGUCUUGAGAACAAUCUCGUGGACUUCUUCGAUCUGCUGUUGUGUGCUCGGAAACUGCUGACGGAUGAAGUCGAUGUCAAACGGAAAUAUCUGGACAAUUUUACCCACAUCCUUGUGGAUGAGUUCCAAGAUCUCAACUCAAUCCAAUACGACAUAUUGAAGAUGUUGUCCACGAAUGUGACCGCUGUCGGAGACGAUGACCAGUCUAUCUUUGGCUUCACCGGCGCGGAUUCGGACCUGAUUUUCGAAGACUUCCGUCUAACGAGUGGCCUCGCGGCGCUCAGCGACAACUACCGUUGUUCAGGCAACAUUCUAAGGUUUGCCACACAGUGUCCGAAGGGUAUCAACGGCCGAGUUGAGAAGACUCUACGCACAACUAAGGCGGAUGGAGCGCCCGUGCGUGUAGUCAACGUGCCUUCGUCCAUCUCCCAGGCCGAAUACAUCGCCAACGAAGUGGAGGAGUAUCACAAGACACACCCACACGUGUCACUGAGCGAGAUUGCUGUACUGACGCGCAUAUGGAAGGGUCGACUGAAUCCCCACGUGCGACUUGUAGAAGCGGUGGGUGUGGCUGAUGUCAAACUGAUGGCGCUUCAUCUACGCUUUGUUCUGGAUAGUUCCGAUGACUUUGCCUGUUUGGAAGCCCUAGCCGCUUGUCAUGGCAUAGGGGAGAGGGCCAUUGAGAAGGUCAAGAACAUCCACCAGGCGCUCAAGGCCUCGUGUGUAUUCGACACCCUCAAUCAUAUAAUGCUCACCGGCCGAGUAGAGCGCAAAACUCUAAACAUCAUUGAACAGUUCCUGGCGACCUACGAAAUGUGGUGCACAAGUAGCAUUCAUCUGGACUUGUGCUCCCUUCUAAAGCUUGUCUACGACACCUCUAAUUUGAAGCAGUUGAAGAAACGGAAACAUGAGCGCAAACAAGCUGAAAGAGACCUCGACAACACACCCAACACCUCCACGCACAAGACAAAGCAGACACCCCGCCUGGAAUCUAGCUAUGACAGCACCUCUGAUGAAGAUUCGGACGAGGACGUGGAAGGUGCGGCUACCGACACUUACAGCAACCCACAAUUUAUCCGGAACCUGACGGAGGAGGCACGAUACUUCCUGACGAAAAGAGGAGCGAUACUGAAUAAAGAGGGCCGUCCUGUGCCCGUGCCAGCCGACCCCUCCUGGACAAAAGACCCACCUGAUAGUCUACGGGAGAUGUGUAGGAGAGUGAUAGUGCAGGAGGUUAAUGCGCGCCCGGAGUUUGCCAAGCAGUGUAUUGCGACACUCGACCAAGUGAUUUUGGGUGAGAUCUACGAACGGCACCACGUGGGACCGGUGAUCUUGAGCGAGUUUCUGAGCUCUGUUGGACUAGGGGAUACUGGGGAAGCCAAAGGGCAAGAGGAGGAAGCAGACAAGGGAAUGGUCACCAUUUCAACGAUUCAUAAGGCCAAGGGAUUGGAGUGGAAUGUGGUGUUCGUAGUGUUCUGGAAUGAUGGUAUUCUGCCCAUGGCGUAUGAGGAUCGCGAUAGGAAUCUCAGGCCACCAACUGUACCGCAACAAUCUCCUCUGAACACCCCAAAGUCCACUUCUAAGUCUGACCAAAAGUCUGGCCCUAAAUCUAAGCAUAAAAUCAAUACGCCAGCCGAGAAUGGGGCACCUGGACAUACAAGUGGGACAUCUGGUAGCACAGAGGAACGACACCACAGGCUACGCGCGAGUAUCAAAAAGGUGCGCGAUCAGGAGGCGAUUGAGGCCAAGCAUCUGGACGAGGAGAUGAAGAUGGCCCAUGUGGCCUGCACUAGGCCUCGCGACCAUCUGCACGUGAUUUCAGUCGGAGUUUUAAACGAUGGUGCCCUACCUAUGUUGGCCUGUCCUUUUGUGGACUAUGAUAAAAUGCCGCCAGGAUCCAUUGAUAGAAUCACGUAUGAAAGCAAAAACGACUUUAGGCGGCCUCGUGAACAUCGCUGGUACGAAGAGGACCCUGGUCGCUUUGAAGAAAUAGGAUCAUACCGACACAGUCGGUUUCGCAGUGCACACUCUAGCGCUAGUCAUCUCAAUCUCCGCAGACAAGGAGCGCAAGCAAACCGCUCACGCGACUUAGAUCAGCGAUUCCCAGAUUUCCAAACCGCGGCGAGAAUGUAUGGCUGGUGAGAUCCGUAACGUUUGAUUGGCACUAACGUGCUGCACGCGUUAUAAUUCUACCUGAGCGUUCACUCGCUCAAUACAAUGUUUGUGCCUCUGGCUCCCGAGAAGUGAUUAAAUAGUUUUUGUCGCAGUUGUUAGGCUACCUUUAUUUUUGAGCACCGUAUUAAUAAAACUGACUACAAUCGCAAUUACACGUAUAUAAUAGGUUGAAAUCUCGUAGUGGACAA